GUUUUCUCAACAGCUGAACACAAACGAACCACAACAUCAGGGUUGAGGACGUUGAGGACGUUGAGGACGCACUUGGGACUUGGAAAACCUUCUGAGCCCUGGAUUAUUAAGUGAAUGCCAGCCAGUCUUCGAUUGGUCUGGAUAGUUCCAUGGUCGGAUAGUCACACACCAGUGUCCCUCAGAUUGCCGUCAGCCUGCCCGUAUCGUCCCAGAUGGCGUGUCAAGCCGGCCAGGCCUUCUUCAAAGGCCGCAUGAACCUGCGCUCGCACAUCGAACGAUCAGUCAAAGAUAUGCGCAAGUACGAGAUUCCGGUGGCGGGGCGAAACCUCUAUUUGCACGACGAGUUCAACUACGGCAUCGACGCCCGCCUGCCCGCCCACUACAAGACCUAUUACCGUGAAUGGCAACGCGGCCCGGAGAAGUUCCGCGCUCUGGCCUUCCAAUACAAGGACGGCGUGUUCGAAAAGGACGAAUUCGGACAGGUCCGUCGCAUCCAGAACCACAGCGGAAUCAUUCUGUAUCCGGACGAGUUCCACGAAGGACUCUGGGGCGGCGAAGGUGUCAUCAAAGGCGUGCAAGCACCCAAACCCGCCAAACGCUGGCCCAACACCGGCCAGACCGUACCGCGAUAUUGGUUUCCCAAGACCCAUCAGGCCGUGGUGUACAGUGAAGUGCUGGACCAAGCCCUGACGGUGACAGCCACGCCUUACGGCGAGUAUUUGGUCGAUCAGUACGGCAGCUUGGACAGUUAUCUCUUGCAGGAGCCCGUCAACGAGGUGUAUAGUCGAUUCCUGCUGCGGCUCAAGCGCGAGAUCCUCUUAGCCUUGGUGCGGCGGGAUCUUUACCCGCAUAACGAACGCCGAAAAGCCAAGCUCUUGGCCAAGUACGAACCCUACGUGUUGCCCGAUGAGGAGGCCGAUUGGCACGGACUUAGUUUGAAAGAUGCUCGCCUGAAGCAGGGUGAAAUGGACCGAUUGGCCGCUCAGCGGGCUCAGGUGCCACAAAAGAUCGCGCUGCGUCGAGAAUUAGUCGAUCUAUUGAAAGGCGGUGACAUGGACGAGGUGGACGCUGAUCUGAUACUCGAGCCCGAGGGCGAUUCCACCCUAGGGACGGCGUUCAAAUCCGUUUCCAAGAACAUUUCCAAGAAAUUCAAGUGAUCGCGUGUCAUCGUUUGAUUGAUUCAUGUAGGGAAUAAAUGAGAUUUCGUUUGUAA